AUGGCUAGAAGCAUAUACACUAGCAUUUUCAUGGUGGUGGUUCUCUCAUUUGCAAUAUUGAGUGAGAAAUCUGAAGCUGGUCGUCAGUUAUUACAGGCCAAUAAUCCAAGUUUUCCUACAAUUCCAGGCAUGCCAAGUAUCCCUAAUAUGCCUAGUAUUAUUCCAAAUAUGCCAUCAAUUCCUAGGGUUGGAUCAAUGCCACCAUUGCCAUCAAUUCCAAGCAUUCCAAGAGUUGCAAUGCCACCAUUUCCAUCAUUUCCUUCAUUCCCAAAAUUCCCUACUUCUAUCCCAUUUUUCACUCCACCUCCACCUAAGAACUAA